GGUGUUCUAAUUAUUUAAGAAAUCAAACGUCGCUUCUAUAAUUUAAAUAUAUUUAAUAGAAUUCACUUGCAAAAAUACAUAAACAUACAUAAUCUGACAAUAAAACAGAACAUUUAAAUUCUAACGGUAUUCUAUCCGCUCAUAAAUCUAUUACAUUUCUGCGCUUAACAGUAUAGCCAACUGAAUCAACCAGCUGAACAAUUUGACAUUUCACUUUGACAAUUGCUUGACAGCAAAAAUAAUUCUGUUCGGUGAAAUUGCUGCGCUUCAAAGUGUGCACAAAAACGAAAACAAUCCGCAAUAAUGCCCGAAAUAUCAGCAGCUGAGAAGGAAUUCCUGCGUCGCAAACAUGAGCAGACAACAAAGUUGCGUGCCGAAUAUUUGAAACAAGCAUCAAACCCGCACAGACAUGCGACAGGCGAAGGUGGCACUUUGUUCGAUGCCGGUUUGGCGCGUUUUCAAGCGAUGCGUGUCUCCAACUAUGAACACUUCCGGCCUACCGGGACAGCCUUCCGUACUGGUAUGUUCGCCGUAGUGCUGCCAAUUGUUGUCUAUGCUUGGGCGUUGAAAACAGAACGCGAUGGUCGGGAACAGAAAUACCGCACAGGUCAGGUGGCCUAUAAGGAUCGUCAAUUCAAAUUCAUUUAAAUUUCUUUUCGAAGAAAAGCGCAUAACAAAUGGCUUGUGGCAAAGUUGUAGCCAUAUUAAAAAAUAUGUGCAUAUGCUUUUAUUAAUGAAUAAACAUAGUCUUAUUAAAAUGAACAUAAAAUUGCGA